AUGACUACACCGACGAUUCCAACCGAACAGGAAGUAUUGGGCUGGUUCGAUUCGCUGAGCAACUGGGGUCGCUGGGGCGACGAUGAUGAACUGGGCACGCUGAACCUCAUUACCGACGCCAAACGGAAGCAGGCGGCCGGGUUGGUAUCGGAGGGGAUUACGGUAACCUGCUCCCGCCUGCUGGUGCCUGAAAUCGCCCCCGACGUUACCAGCAUCCCGCCGUUGCACUACAUGGUCAACACCGGAGAGACUGCCCCGUCGGAAGGCGGCGGCGGCUCCAGCGAUUUCCUGGGGGUGUCUUACCACGGAUUGACGAUUACGCACCUGGACAGCCUUUGCCAUCAGUUCUGGAACGGCAAGAUGUACAACGGCAAGGCAGCCAGCCUGGUCACCUCGGCGGAAAAAGCCACCGCGGGAGCCAUCGACAACGCGAAGAAUGGCGUCAUCACUCGCGGCGUUUUGCUGGAUAUUGCCGCCGUCAAGGGCAAGGACUGGCUGGAUGCCGGUGAGCCGGUAUUUACCGCUGACCUGGAGGCUGCCGAGGAAGCGCAGGGCGUGCGCGUUACCGAGGGCGACGCGCUGUUGAUCCGGCUCGGCUGGUACAAACGCCGGCAGGAGGUCGGGGCGCCGUCCGCCGCUGAAGGCCGGCCCGGUCUGCACGCCGAGACGCUGCCGUGGCUGCGCGAGCGCGGCGUAUCCAUUGGCGCAUGUGACGCCUCCUGGGACGUUGCGCCCAGUGAGUACCCAUACGUGGGGCUGCCCAUCCACAAGGUUGGAAUUGUUGGCAUGGGGUUGUGGCUGAUCGAUGCCGCCAACUUCGACGAACUGGCGCCGAUCUGCCGCCGACUGAAUCGGUGGGAGUUCAUGUUCACGGUAGCCCCCCUUCGCUGGCAUAACGCCACCGGCUCCCCGGUGAACCCGUUGGCCACGUUCUGA